AUGAUGAAUUGUGCAGAUUUGGGGGGAGAUGGGAAGGGGAGAAAUUUGGGAAAAUCAAUUAGGGUUCAACAAGAAGUGGAAUUGGAGCAAUUGGUCGCUGAGAUAGAGGCAUCUUCAACUCGGAAGUCAGUGCCGGGAGACAGUCAAGGGAGAGAAAUUACGCCGGAAGCUGGUUUGGGGUCUUUGACUAAGGGCGUUGCUGGGCAUCUAUCUGAUGGGUGUCUCAGUGGAAUAGUAUGGGAUGGUUCAAGAGAAGAGAAGUUGAAACCCCCGGCUGGAAAAUUGACAUAUAACCCUCCUAGUCAGCACAAUGGGAUGUUGGUGGCAAAGAUGUAG